GAUUUAUGAUUAGUGUAUUAAAUGUUUCCGGACCAUGGACGUACAAAAUUAUUUCAAAUCAUUUUCUUUUAAUUCUUAAACUCGUUUCUGCAGAGUUGGUUUUCAAAAUUUCAGCACUCGACUGUAAUUAAUAUAAUUCUGCUUUCAUUUGAAAGCGGCACAGAGUGACUCUGGGGCAUUAAUGAUUUAUCAGCAGUCUCUAUGUUCAUCCAGGUAGAACCUGUCAGAGCUUCAGUUCUGGAUGUAUUAGUCUGUUGUGUAGAUAUGGUUCUUAAUACCGAAUGGGUACAGAUUGAAGCAAUAGAUUUAAACAGCGACGGUUCAGCUUGGGGCUUUGGAAUUACUGGAGGCAGAAGCACAGGAGUUGUCGUGAAAACUAUUGUCCCAGGAAGCGUUGCUGAUAAGGAUGGUAGACUCCAGAUAGGCGAUCACAUCAUUCAGAUCGGGGACAUCAAUCUUCGAGGGAUGGGCUCCGAACAGGUUGCUAUGGUUCUCCGUCAGUGUGGGGCUCAAGUUCAUCUAAUCGUUGCCAGGCCAGUGGAACCUUCCUCCCCAGAUGACAAUCUCGUGCAGAGUGCUUCAGCUAUCGUUCCCACACGCAUCCUCAACGAACCUGACGAAUUGGAACAGCAGCUCAGCAUUUACCAGCCCAGUCCCGACGGUUUUUCCGAUCCCACAUUGCAAGACAUGUAUUGCUCUGAAUCUCCUUCUGUGAAAGAAACAGUUAUUUACAAAGAUAAGAAUGAGAGAAUGGACAUGGAAUGCUUUGAAGUAAAUCUUGUCAAAGAUCAUCAAGGUUUGGGGAUAAUAGUUGCUGGUUAUGUUUGUGAAAGAGAAGAUAUAUCUGGCAUAUUUGUGAAGAGCAUUUCUAAAGGAAGUGUGGCAGACUUAUGCGGUCAGAUUAGAGUUCACGAUCAAGUAAUAGAGGUAGAUGGUCAUCCUUUAAAAGGGUACUCUAACUGUGAAGCGGUUGAAAUACUGAGAAAUACCGGAAAGUGUGUUAAACUCCAGCUUGCUAGAUACCAUCAUGGGUCAAAAUUUGACCAUCUUCAAGAAGCAAUGGGUUCUGAUAGAAUGCAUUCAAAUUAUGAAUAUAAUACAUCCCGGAGGUCAUUUUCAAAUUCCAACACAGAUAAUGUAUUUUCCUUAAAUUCGGUUAAUAUUGAAGAAAUCAAAUCAAAGUGGGAAAGUGUUUUAAAGCCUAAGAGUGAAGUGAUCAUCACAGCACUGCAGAAGAAUGACAAUGAGAUUGGGUUUGGCUUUAACGUUGAAACAAGAAGGGAUGAAAACCUAGUUCUUCAUCAUUUUAUUUCUGACAUUUGUAAAGGUUACAGUGUUGAUAGAAGUGGAGCAUAUUUUAUUGGCGAUGAACUUCUAGAGGUUAAUGGUAAAAAACUACAAGACAUUAAGUACGCAGAAGUGUUAACCAUCUUCAAAUCAUUGCCUCCGAAGAUAUACCUUGUGUGUGGUCGCUCUCAUCACUGGACCAGCAACCUUUCCCUCGUUCCGUGGUCCGAAAGACUUGUCAAAGCCAAGUCAGACUCUUUUCUGGCGUCUCGCAAAUGUUGUGAGAGCAACUGCAAGAAUUUGAACCGGAGAUCGCUUGAGCUGCUGUCCUCCUUGGCCACCUGGAGCAGCGAACCUCAUUUUAUAGAUCUGGUCAAAGGAGAUGAGGGGCUGGGAUUCAGCAUUGUUGAAUACAAGGAUACACUGAUGCCUAGCAUUCAAGAUGAAAAUGUGAUCAUCGUAUGGAGUCUAGUGCCGGGAGCAGCAGCACAGCUCGAUGGUCGCCUGUUGCCAGGAGACCGUUUGCUAUCCGUCAAUAACAUCAACUUUCGGCACACGAACUUUGACAUGGCCACUCAGGUUUUAAAACAUGUGCCCAAAGGAGUGGUGAGGUUAGGCAUUGCUAAACCUACAACUUUGUCCAAAAGUGUUCCUGCUAAGAUUUCAUUCAAAGAACCAGUUGAAACAGAAACUAUUAUUGCAAAUGGAAAUGCCCUUCGAAUCUUUGAGUAUAAUGGAGUGUGUCACACAUAUGAAGAAUCUCACAACACUUUUGCCACUCGAUCACAAACGCCUUCCUCUCUCUUUUCGUUUGGGAACGAUUCGCGUUGUUCCACCCCUUUCAGCAGUCCUGGGUUGUCUUCCAGUGGUAAGCUUUGGGGAUUUGAUAUUCCUAUCUUACCUGCAGCUUUAGAAAGAGUGGUGAAAAUUAAAAAGGGAAACAACAAACUGGGCUUAGUUCUCGACAUUGCCGAUCGAGGACAGAAUGGCAUGGUUGUGAAAUCCAUCCGUCCCGCAAGUGCUGUUGAGAAAGAUGGCAGUGUUCAAGCUGGAGAUUACAUUUUGGCCGUCAAUUCUGAAAACAUGCGUAACAUUACCAGAUCUCAAGCAAGAGCUAUUAUUAGGCGUGCAGAAUUGACAAGUUCUGAUAUUGUCAUUAAAUACAUUCCAGCGACUGAUGCUGCGGUUCAUCAACAAUCAGCCGUUUUAGCUAAAAUUCAUGAAGGCAAUGUUUCACCUACGCCAUCCAUCAUUUCUCGUCAACCUUCACCGCGAGUGUUCCCUGCAUAUUACAGAUCACCCUACUUUCCCCACAAGAGCUCCAAGAGCACCCCGGAUAGAGAAGAUGCGGAUGGACAGAUCUCCCCCUUCAGUUUCUUGAGUGAGGACGACGUUCUGGCCACACCUUCCUCCCUCUGCUACACAGACAACUUCGACUCUUCCUCCGAUGAUCUCCUAUUGGACCAAUCGUCCGACGGGGGCAUGAAGGAGGGAAGCGACCAGGGCGAAGUGUGCCCCUCGAUAGAAGACAGAGUGCUGAUCUUUCAGGGGAGCAAGCACCAAGUGCCUUCAAAAUUCAGCAGGAUGUCCACAUCCCCCACUGUCUCGCCUGUACAAGAUGAAUCACCUCAACAAGAGAUUAGCCCAGGAUUACCUGAGACCCCCGAAUCUCCAAUCAAAGAAAUAGUUGCAGAAUCUUCUCCUUUGCCAAAUUCUGGUAUAUCUAGCCCCGUGUUGACUGCAGUAGGCUGCCAAUGGGGUGUAAACAGAACUGUGGAGCUGUGGCGAGAGGCUGGUCAGGAAAUUGGAAUAGGGGUCGUCAUGGGAUGCAUCGAUGUCCAGGAUGUAGAAUCCAAAGCACCUCUAUCGGGGAUUUUCAUCAAACAUGUCGUGCCAGAUAGCGUGGCUGGUCGAGAAGGGACGAUUAACAGAGGGGAUCGCAUUGUUGCAGUAAAUGAUGUGGAUUUGCAAAAUGCAUCAUACCAAGAAGCAAUUGAAAUUAUUCAGAAAUCUGAAAAUCCUAUUAAGCUUACUGUACAAAGUUUAGUGCCUUGGUUUCCUUCUAAUAAUAAUGAAGUAGAUGCACAAACUCCAUCCCCCAUACCCAGCCCUCGAUCCGAGACCUCGUUCCAUGCCGAAAAACUGAAGCAGCGAUCGAUGUCCGAAGAUGAUGAAGGACCUUUAGAUACAGAUUUUCAGGGGAAAGUUUACACCUCCAAAGGCAUUGAGAUUGACCGAAACAGUGCUGGUUACAUACGAAAGCCUGAAAGUGAUACUGAAGAAGAAGACGAUUUUGGAUAUACUAAAAGAAAGGUUCAGAAGAAGUAUAAAGAUUUAAAAGGGGAUGCAAUACUGAUAGAGGUAGAGAAAGGAGCUAAUGGACUCGGUCUGAGCCUGGCUGGAAACAAAAAUCGCUCUAAAAUGAGCUCUUUUGUUUGUGGGAUGCAUCCAGGUGGCAAGGCUUCAAAACAGGGCUUGAUCCAAGUUGGAGAUGAACUGUUGGAGGUCAAUGGAACUGUCUUAAAUGGUAGAUGUCAUUUAAAUGUUUCUGCUGUAAUUAGGGGAAUCAUGACACCAACAUGCAAGUUUAUUGUCCUAAGGAAGGAAAAUGCUCUCGAUGAAAUGGCUGUGAAACCCAUUACACAUUUUCCUGUUGAUUUAGAAAAUGAGAAAUUAGAAGAUCUUAUUGCAUCACAUUCUGGUGUUCGUACUAUUACUACUAAAAAGGGAGAACAUGGCUUAGGAAUCAUGAUUUUAGAAGGAAAGCAUGUGGAUAUGGGUCGAGGAAUAUUUAUUUCAGACAUUCAAAAAAAUAGUCCUGCUGAGAAAUCUGGCCUUAGUGUUGGUGAUAUGAUCUUAGCAGUUAAUAAAACAAAACUUAUUGGUGCUGAUUAUGAACUGGCUGCCUCAAUCCUCAAAAACGAAGAUGGUCCUAUAACAUUUUUAGUCGUCAACUCCCAUAAACCUGAGCCAAGUUCCAUGCACAAUGAUAUUGAUCACGAUAAGAAGCCAAGAAAUAGUUUAGGACCCUUUCCUAAUGGCAGUGAUAAAAGUUCCUCUCCAUCUCCCCUGUGUCCAACACCUUCCCCGAACAGUGUCUCUCCCCUUCCCGCUUGCCCCAUCCCUCCCCCAGUAGAAUUCUCAGAUCCCUCAGUGACCUUGGAUCAUGUGGGUACAGAGAUGGUUGUUGGAAUCCACAGGGAGAAGAACGGCCUAGGCCUGGGCAUUGUGGGUGGAUCAGAUACCCCCAUUGGCUGUGUAGUAAUCCAUGAAAUUUAUGCAAAUGGGGCCGUUGCUAAUGAUGGGCGCUUAAAACCAGGUGACAUAUUGUUGGAUGUGAAUGGACAUGACAUGAGACACGUGACUCAUAUUGAGGCUAUCAACAUACUCAGGCACUCUGUCCCGACAGUGAAUAUUCGAAUUUACCGCCAUCAAGAGACAAAAGAUACUUCUCUGGUAGAGCUGAAUGUGGAACUAUACAAGAAACCUGGCAGAGGCUUGGGGUUAACUAUUGUUGGCAGAAAUGCAGGACCUGGUGUAUAUAUUUCGGAAGUGAUUAAGGGAGGGGUUGCAGACAUUGAUGGAACACUGAUGGAAGGUGACCAAAUCUUAGAAGUAAAUGGCCAAAAUGUAAGAGAAAGUAGUCAAGAAGUGGCAGCUGCUAUGCUAAAAACUUCAGUAGGAAAAAUUAAUAUGAAAAUAGGAAGGCUGAAAUGUGAAUCAAAUCUUCCACCAAAAAGAUCUAUGCACUGA